AUAAUACCUAAUGCACUAAUUCAACGAAACUCUCGACGAAAGUGAUUAAGAAGCAAAUUAUUAAAGACAACUAAUCGGUUUUUGGUCAAACAUUUUUCGGUUUUGAGAUUAUUUUGCUCAUUUUAACGUUAACAUUCGAUAGAAGUAGUUAUGGUAUGGAAACGAUAAGUUGAAUAUAUAAUAUUUUAUUGAAAAGGAUCGAUUUUGAAUUGUGUAAAAUUCAGUUAAUUUGUUAAAGUGCGUUCCAAAAACUGUGAUUAAAAUGAAAACAAUUUUAAAUGUUAAAUUAUCGAUAUUUUUUGGACUGAUCAGUUCAAUUCUGGCUGCAACAACAAAUUCAUCUGUAACGACCAAUUUUUCCGGUUUAUUGAGUGAUGUUUUGCAAACCCAUCUUCAACACGAUCUAAAAAUCACAAAAUUAUGUAACCAACAAUUAAGGUCCAUUCAAAAUGGUCUUGAUAUUAAAGAAAUUUGGGCUAUUAAAUUGUUGGACGCAUCUGGUCACGUUGCUCCUGGAUUUGUGUGGGGUAAUAACUUUUGGCUCGGCUCGAAAAAGGCUUGUCAAUUUAUUAAUAAACGUGCACCGGUCGUGCUGUCACACGAAUUACAUAAGAAUCACUUCAAAAAUCUAACGUACAUCGAAUCACCAUUUCCCGUUGAAUACAAACUUAUAUGGGCCAGACAUAGUUCACGCUGGCAAGUUGAUAUCAGCACAUUUGAAAAGACUAUGCUACAUGUUGGUAUCUGUUUGCCACAAUCUUGUUCAGAUGAAGAUGUUAAUCGUCUCGUGGACACCAUGUUGAAUAGCAGAAUCUUUGGUGAAAAGUACUAUCUGGAUGAAAACUUUUCGAUUGUUGAGAGCAAAACGAUCAAAUUACGUGACAACUUUUUUGGUACAAUGAUGGUGAACCUUUUUUUGUAUAUUUUGUUGCUUAAUCUAGUUCUUGUGACAAUUGGUUCGAUUUAUAUGAAUUUAUCAUUGGAGAAAGUUAUUUUUAAUAAGCCGGUAGCUGACAUAGACAUCAAAAAAGCCAAUAAUAAUCAAAUCAAAUGUACCAACAUUAAUGCGGUACUGAAUGUUGAUAGUGCGUUAUUUAAUCAACAAACAAAUAAAACAAAGCGAACCAAUUCGAUUAUUGAACGAUUUUUGUCCUGUUUUUGCAUCGUUAAAAAUUCCGAAAUUAUUACAACCGAAUCACUUGGCACGGACUCGAUUGAAGUCAUUCAUGGAAUGAGAGCUAUUGGAAUGAUUUGGAUCAUUGCUGGCCACUUGUUUUUCUAUGGUCCAAGUGCAGUAGAAAAUCUACAAAUGGUACUUACAUAUGCAGAGGAAUGGUACGUGCAGCCACUUUUUUCCGUUGCCAUUGCUGUAGACACGUACUUUGUUAUCAGCGGCUUAGUUUUGGCAUACUUAUUCUUCCAGACAGAGAAAAAGAAGAAGAAGGAAAGUGCUAUCAUCAAGUUCGUUAGCUCUGUGGUGAAUCGUUACCUUCGGCUAACGCCACCGUACUUGGUUGUGAUCGCAUUAACCGGUUUCUUAUCGAUUUAUUUGCGUGAUACAUCACAAUAUUGGUUGAUCGAACAUAAUGACAUCAAUUGCCCAAAAUAUUGGUGGCGUAAUCUUUUCUACAUCCAAAACAUGUAUCCACUAGAUAACAUGUGCAUGACAUGGAGUUGGUUUUUGGCAGCUGACUUUCAAUGCUUUUGUCUAACUUCAUUUCUCUUGGUCAUUUAUACAAAAAAGCCAAAGGUUGCAGUCUCAAUUUUCGUCCUUUUAUUUGUUUCGGCCAGCUUAUACACGGGCUAUUUGGGCUAUGUUUUGAAAUACUCAUUGACGUUGGACGUUCAAUAUAAUGUGGUUGAUUAUUUGUACACACCGACAUACACGCGAAUUGGUGCCUAUUUCAUUGGGGUUUAUGCUGGAUGGUUUUUGAGCGCAAAAGAUCGGAAAUUAAACAUUAAAAAGAAAUUCGUUGUGUUGGGAUGGGUCGUUGGACCGUUGCUGUUGAUUUUGAUGAUUUUUGGGCCGACAAAAAAAGAGCUCAGUCCGUUGGGAGCCGUUUUGUACACUGGCCUAGGAAAAACCGCGUGGUCCCUUGGCAUUGCAUGGUUCAUUAUCGCAUGUGCAACUGGACGGGGAGGCAUUAUAAAUCGCAUUCUUAGUGCGAAAUGUUUACUUCCAUACAGUCGAAUGACAUACACCGCAUAUUUGAUAAAUCCAUUGUGCAUCAUGUUCGUAGUAAUGUCUUCCGAAGCACCAAUACAUUUGGACUUUUUGUCUCUUCUUGUGAAUAGUUUGGGCUUUCAAGCUAUCGUCUUUACGUUAUCGUACAUUUUUAUGCUGCUGUUUGAGAACCCGUUUAUUCGCUUGGGCAAACUCCUUCAAGGGAAGUGAUUAAGAGAAAUUAUCUGUUGAUUGUUAUUCCAUAUAGUUUAUAAAAGAUUUUGAAUUAAUAAUUGUAAGCAAUCUAGACUAUAAGUUUUAUUGGUGUCAUUUUAUUUACACCUUUAGUUAUCUAUGAGGUAUUCAUUGUAUACGUU